AUGCCUCGUGACUCUGUCUCUCCACGACGACGCUCACGUUACGAAGAUUCUUCCCGGCGUUCUACUAGCAGCAGGGACUAUGAACGGAGGGAUUCCCGUCGCGACUAUGGGUCGAAUGACGAAAGGAAAUAUUCAGACCGACGAAAUAGAGGAUACCACGAUGAACGAGGGUAUUCUAGCCGGAAUUCUCGAAGAGACUCGGAGCUGAUGGGUUAUGACGAACGCGAGCGCGAACGUGAACGACAAAGGGACAGGGGGCGUUACGACGCGCACGCAGACCCAAGUAGGCGGAGAGAUGGCCGAUCAGCAUCGCCUCGUAGAGGGUCUCGGUCCGGCUCAGCUGUUGUUGAAGAUGAAGAGGUGAAGGACAAGGGCAAACCGAAUUUCAAACCGUCAGGGCUACUCGCAGCCGAGACGAACACGGUCAAGGCCAGUGACGGGACCGCAACAGUCUUGAAAUACAAUGAACCACCUGAAGCACGGAAGCCUUCUGUAGGGUGGAGACUUUAUGUGUUCAAGGGCAAGGAACAGUUAGAUCCUCUUCACAUCUAUCGUCAGAGUGCGUAUCUCAUUGGCAGAGAUCGUCUCGUAGCGGACAUUGUCCUCGACCAUCCCUCGUGCUCCAAGCAACAUGCGGCCAUACAAUAUCGAUUCGUUCACGAGAAAGAUGAGUUCGGAACAAUCAAGGGAGUAGUCAAGCCAUUUAUCAUUGAUUUGGAAUCUACUAACGGUACUAUGGUCAAUGACGAAAAGAUUCCCCCGGCUCGUUACUAUGAGCUCAGAGCUAGCGACGUGAUCAAGUUUGGAACGUCUGACCGCGAAUACGUUCUGCUGCACGAUGAUGCGGCUUGA